UGUACGAGAGGUCAUGGGCGAGCCGUCGAAAAUCUGCCAGGAGGCUCUUAAGCCGAGGCCUUCCUCGCCGAGGCAGUUCUUCAGGAGGAUCUACGGCCACCUGGAGGACAAAGACGGUGAGAAGAAGGCGAAGGACGACGACUGGAAGGCCAUCAACCAAGUGCCGCCUUUGCCCUUCUCGAGGAACUUCGAAGACCCUUUGCUACUUAGACCUUUCAUAACUACACCGGCUCAUCAUUUCCCACCUGGAUUAACUGCCUUUCUGGCGAGGAGGAGGAGGAAGGAAGGACGGCCGAGACGACAGAGGACGACCUUUUCCAGCGAGCAGACCCUCAGGCUGGAAAUAGAGUUCCACAGGUCCGAGUACAUCUCGAGAAGCAGGAGAUUCGAGCUGGCCGAGGCUCUCAGGCUGACGGAGACGCAAAUCAAGAUCUGGUUCCAGAAUAGAAGGGCGAAGGACAAAAGGAUAGAGAAAGCUCAUAUCGACCAACAAUACAGAAACUUAGCCUUGGCGAGCAGUCUGGUCGGUCCUGGAUACCCUCCGCCAGUGUGCGGACUUUGCAAGUCACCUCCGUCCUCGCCGCAAAGGGAUGCAACGGACUUACCGGUUAACUGAUUCAAUUUUUCAAACGGUUUUUCGAUAAAAAUUAAUUUUCAUUUUCGGUUGGGAGUGAUUCGACUGGCUUAAAAGCACCGAAUGAUGCAGACACUGAUUGAUACGAUUAAUAUUUUGACAUAGUUGAUGAGUACCCUCUAGUCUAGUGUAGAUUUAACUUGUAAAUAAAUCAUUAUGUAUAUAUUUAAUUUUUAAGAAGCUUUAACAAUAACUUACAAUAAUUACUGGUUAUUUU